AUGGCGACGCAACCAACCUCGAGCCGGCCGAGGCCUGCUCCCGCGCCGUUUGUAAUUGAGCCGACCGCUCCCCAUACCCACACAUUCAUCCUCCUCCACGGCCUUGGCUCCAAUGGCGAGAAACCCGGCCGUGAGCUUCUGGAGACGGGGAUCGGCUCUGAUGGCCUCGACCUGCCGUCUCGGUUUCCCGGCGCAAAGUUUAUCUUCCCCACGUCCCGGCGUCGGCGCUCAAUGGCGUCCCGGGAUCCUUGA